UUUUACAAUUUCACCUAGACGCAAGUUGCGAGUCUUUCCCACUUGGCCCGCUUUCUUUGCCGUAGAAAGUUUAGUGACUUUAAAGAAGGGCUUUGGGAGAAAAUGUGGAGCGCAUGCGCCAUCUAGAAGUUUUCCCCCGCGCAUCAGUGCUAGGGUUUGCUAGUUAGAGAGAGGAGGCGACGAGGCAGGUGACAGAAGGAGAAGGAGUUGCUCUUCAACACACACACACACACUAUCGGGCGGGGGUUAUCUCCACGAGCUUACCUUCUCCAAGCGAGUUCUCCAUCUCUAACACAGUACUGCUGUUUGGAGUUUUCUUCCAGUGACGAGCUUGGAGUGGACUUGCGGCAAUUCGUGUCUUCCACCACUCAAAGUUCAAUGUGUUGAACGCACUUCUUGCUGGUAAAGUUUUUGUUCCAGAGUAAAUCAACGGAGGAGUUCAGGAGAGAGCGGCGUAGUUCUGUGCAGAAUGGAGGAUGAAAUAACGGCCUCAGGUUUGUGGCGAGGAACCCUGCAGUGUGGAUGUUACCACAGGUAGAACACGCUCUGAGUUCAAGGUGUCACCGCUGUAGGAUCAUCUCUUCUCACCUAUCACCAGUUCAUGGGUUUACCUGCGCUUUACACAUUAGUGCCAGCCCGUCGGAACCUCUACAAAGCCUUCGGUACCUCUACAAAUCUGCAAGGAAACUUGGAAGCAUAAAGCUACCGCUAUCAAUCCUCCCAACCAUCAAAAGAGCGUUGGCAACAGUUUAUUACAGGUGACGUUUCUGGCCACGGGCACUUGCUAGUUAGUUUCUUGUGAAUGUUUUAUUUGUCAUUAAGUGUUUCCGCGGAUUCACGCCCACGUUUGUUAAAGGCUCUAAUUAUUCAUAGUGCUGCUGGACAUUGUAAAUAACCCCCGUCGUCUCUGCUAGAGCUCUCCUCUCCGCUGUCCCGCGCUCACGGAGCGCAUUCAUCGAUAACGGAUCGCCUAUGCCAGUCUUCCGACACUGAGCCGCAGGACUACCACGGUUACUGCCACCCUCCUCCGUUACACACCGGACACUAUCCCGUACAACCCCGAUUUAGCACUAACUGCUUUGGAUAGAAACCGACCUGAGCCAACGGUAUAAGUAAAAGGAGUCUCUCGAGCCCACUACGGCCUUGGCACUGGGAUUAUUCCUUUAAUAAUCAUCUCACCAAAGUGGAUUAUCGUUCGUAAAGAAUUGUUUUCCGUGAGCUGAUCCAGUAACUGAUCCAGCAUGUUGUUUCUGCGGAGGCUGGUGCGUGUAUGCUGUCCCUCGGCACCGGCGGGGAGUGUGUUGGACUCCAGACCGUGUGUGUUCGCCCUCACACUGCUCACACUGCUCCUGCAGGUGGUGGUGGAGGCCAACUCAUGGUGGUCUCUAGCCAUGAACCCUCUGCUGAUCCCUGAGGCCUACAUCAUCGGUGCCCAGCCUCUGUGCAGCCAGCUGGUGGGUCUAUCCCAGGGCCAGAAGAAGCUGUGCCAGCUCUACCAGGACCACAUGCAGUACAUUGGCGAGGGCGCCAAGACGGGCAUCAGGGAGUGUCAGUACCAGUUCAGACACCGCCGGUGGAACUGCAGCACUGUGGACAACUCCUCCGUGUUCGGACGGGUCAUGCAGAUAGGAAGCAGAGAAACAGCAUUUACCUAUGCCAUCAGCGCGGCGGGGGUGGUCAAUGCUGUGAGCAGGGCUUGCAGAGAGGGGGAGCUGUCGAGCUGCGGCUGCAGUCGUGCUGCACGUCCCAAAGACCUGCCUCGUGAUUGGCUGGGCGGCUGCGGGGACAACCUGAACUAUGGCUACAGAUUCUCUAAAGAGUUUGUUGACGCGCGGGAACGGGAGAAGAGCUAUGCCAAGGGAUCCUUUGAGAGUGCCCGGCUCAUGAUGAACCUACACAAUAACGAGGCUGGACGGAGGACUGUGUCAGACCUGGCCCAUGUCUCCUGUAAGUGCCAUGGUGUGUCGGGCUCCUGCAGUCUGAAAACGUGCUGGUUGCAGCUGGCAGACUUCCGCAAGGUGGGUGAGACCCUGAAGGAGAAGUACGACAGCGCCGCCUCCAUGAAGCUCAACCUGCGUGGCAAGCUGGUGCAGCGGGACAGCAAGUUCAACCCCCCCACCAGCCAUGACCUGGUCUACAUCGAGUCCAGCCCAGACUACUGUCUGUCCAACCAGAGCACAGGCUCCCUGGGUACUGUAGGCAGGCUGUGCAAUAAGACCUCGGAGGGCAUGGAUGGCUGUGAGCUGAUGUGCUGUGGCCGGGGCUAUGACCAGUACAAGGCCCAGAUUGUGGAGCGAUGCCACUGCAAGUUCCACUGGUGCUGCUAUGUCAAGUGCAAGCGCUGCACCAAAACCGUGGACCAGUUCGUCUGCAAGUGAGGAGGAGGAGGAGGAGGAGGAGGAGGAGGAGGAGGAGGAGGAGGAGGAGGAUGGGAAGAGUGUGUGUUCGUGCAAGUGUGCAUGCGUGUGUGUAUCCAGAGAGGCGGAACGAAGGAGGCGAAGAGAGGAAGAAAGAAAAAGAAAAAACUAUAUAAAUUAUAUUUAUAGAGUUAAACAAUUAUACCGUUGCAGAAGACUGAUACUUUCUUUUCCAUGUAAUAGUUCCAAAACAUGUUAUGCCUUCUGAAACCGAAAAUACAGUGAAAUAUUUAUUUUCUGAGAUUAUUUUUGCCCGAUCAUCCAAAGCUAAUUUUUAAUUAAUCCCCAGGCCUGGAGAUCAGCAGUCAUUAUUUUUUUAAACUUUCAAUAUGACCUAUAACAAGGUUCCCCAAUAGGUGGUUCCCCACAGGUGAUUUUAUUUGCCCCCCUUUCUGAGCAAAACAAAAGACAAAUUAUAAUUUUCAUUGUUGAAUUUAAGACUGUAAAAUCACAGGGAAAUCAGCGCAAAGCUAUUUUUAAUUUAGGAAAUCUAUUCCCAAGUAUUCCGACGCAUAAAUAGAGAGAAAUGUGAUUAUAUUCAAAUGUAAUCAGGGUUUGAAAUUAUUCUGUUUUUGCCAAGUACUGUAUCUUUUUUGGAUUCUUGCAGUCAAUUUGCAGUGUACAAAUUAUUUAUAACUAUGUCUGCCCCCUCGACCAUCCGCUCAAGGAAAAAUCGUCCACGGCUGAAUGUAAUUGGGGACCACAGUCCUAUAGCUUAUAUUUGACUAGUCCAUUGGGUCACCAUGACUGUGAAACGGGAGCUUCUCUCAUGUUUCAUAACACUAGAUGAGUUAAAUGUUGUGGUUGAUGGAGAACGCUGAAUGCCCACAGUCUUAGCUGCCGGUAAGAGGGGAAUGUUUACUUCCAUAUUUCUGUCACUAUAGGGUGGUUAGACCUAAAUGAGACCUCCAGUGAACAUGGUUAAGUCAUUGGCCCCAUCCUAAACCCUAGUCCCUUAUGUUGCCUCUGUCUAAACCAAACAAGGGCCUAGGAAAGUGGGAGUGAUUUGGGUUGGGGUUAGUUCCAUCCUGUAAUGUGUCCCACAUGGCCUAGAUCUUCCCAGGUGCCCCAGCUAGUCCUCCCAAACACAUUCAGCAUAUGCACUUUGACCCCGAGGCCUUACCCCGUCUGUAUGAUUUGUUUGUUUUGAGCUACAGUGUCUGUAAUAUACCAUAUUAUAGUCUACUUUCUCCAUAUGAAAACCCAUAUCCACUUAACAUAUAACAUGCUACUUUCAUGGUUUAAAUAUACAGUAUAUGGGCAAUGUUGUGGUCAUGAUGGUGAAAUCCCACAUGUUCUAUAUGGUAUAUAGUAGGUCUAACCAACCAAUCACUUAUUAAAUUGUAUGUAUUUAUUUUCUUUUAUCCAAAUCUCUUAAGCUUCCAGAUAGCGCUGUGGGUUUUUCCUAUUUCAAUAAAUCCAUUUAAAUCCUACACUUUGUUACAUACAAUAUUUUCAGGUUACUUAUCAUUUGUUUUCACAUUUUUAAGGAUAUGUCACAGAUUUAAUUUGGUUCCGUGGCAUUGUUUUUGUAAAGGGAAUUGCCCUUUGUUCUAAAACACCUGCUCAUUGUGUUACCCCUGUCCAAGACUUCACAGACGGUUCUAGCCUUUGCUUGUUGCCACAAACUUGUUAAUAUCCCUCAGCUCCUCCCCACUAGCCCUGUGAUCAUCUUCAUUAGAACAUUGUUCCUAUAUGUUAUCAAUCCAAACUGUAUAUUUAUUCUCUUCGCAAUUAAUUGAGAUUUGCAAAACAUAUUUCUUAUAGCUGUUAUUUUGUUUGUUUGUUUUUUAAAUUGGAUCGAUGUGCUACUUUGUUUCAAUAAAUAUUCUACGUAAACCUGCUGAACAGUCAUAACUUUCAAUACAGAUCUACUCCGGUACAGUAAACCUGCUGAACAGUCAUAACUUUCAAUACAGAUCUACUCCGGUACAGUAAACCUGCUGAACAGUCAUAACUUUCAAUACAGAUCUACUCCGGUACAGUAUAGUUAAAUUCAACUCCACAUUUGAAACUAAAUUUGUAUUUAAAACAUUUGAAACCUUGUCUAUAUUUCCCUCUACCCUGGGGCUUGGUGAGAAAUCGACUGUUAUUGUGUUUACAGAAUUAAUGUAGGGAAGAUUUGUCUAUUUGUAUAUUAUUUUAUUAUGAACUAUGAGUUGUCUACUUUUGACGUAGUAGGAGACAUUUGAUUCUAAAAGUUAAUAAUAUGAUCAAAUCAAACAUGUCAUUAAAUAACACAUCUGGGACCUUCA